AUGCGUUGCCUUUUCUACCUUCUUUUAACACUUGUUGUUGUCGUUGUACAAUCUCAAAGUAAUACAGGAAUCACAUCGAAAGAUCCAAGCUCUACCUCAGCAAAUGAAAUAAAAGAGGGAAUCACAUCGAACGGUCUCCCAUCUGGCACAGCUAACUUAAUAGGUCAGCUCGAACCUCCUCAAAAUGUCACACUGGAGGAAGUAAAUAGCACUUCGGCACGUCUUACUUGGAAUGCAUUAAACCAUUAUGGAGUGGAAUUGGCUGAAUAUCUGGUAAACUACAUUGCCGAUAAUUCAGAAUGGUUGAAGAAAACAACGGAGAAUUGUGAAGUCAUUCUUCCAUUUGAAAAGGAAAAGUUGACCGCAUCAGUCAUGGGGGUUUACAAACUCAAUGAUGGAACAGAUAAUACCAAGAAUGGAAAAGAAUCUAGUAGAGUGAAACUUAUAAAGAUUCCCCCAAUUAAGGAUGUUUAUCAACUCUACAAAGGAUCCGAGCUAGUAUACGAGAAUGAUUACUCAGCCCAAGUUUCUCUUGACAAGUCUCCUCCCCAACUUGCGGAAAGGGCAAAUAAUGGAAGUGAUGCAUCGCGCUCAAUUGUGCAAGAGACCAGCACUAUCGGUGCUGCAAGAAAAAAAGAGAACAACAGAAAAGGCAAGAAAGGCCACAGGAGGCCCAAAAAAGGAGGCGACCAUGUUACACCUCUCUCUUCUGACGAAGAGGUCGGUCCCGACGCUGCGUCAGAGGGAACAAGCGCGCAUGAUGCACCUGCCUCUCCUGUUGAAAAGGCCAGUCCUGACGGUGCUGCAAGAAAAAAAGAGAACAACAGAAAAGGCAAGAAAGGCCACAGGAGGCCCAAAAAAGGAGGCGACCAUGUUACACCUCUCUCUUCUGACGAAGAGGUCGGUCCCGACGGUGAGCCUGCAGCCGAGUCGCAUGUGCCUCGGGGAAACAGUGAAAGUGUAGGCAUGGAGGUGCUCCCAAAUAUUAAGUUAGAGGAGCUGCCAAUGGCUUUUGGAGACGAAAUCGUCCGGAUUCCUAUUCACUCAUUAGUAAUCUCUCCACAGCAGCGAUAUGUUAAUUGA